AUGGAUCCGGUACUCAUUGUUGGCGCUGGUAUCGUUGGGCUGACUCUCGGUCAAGCCCUCAAGCAGAAGAACAUCCCCUUUGAAAUCUACGAACGCGAUGAAACUUCCGAUGCCCGCGGACAAGGAUGGGCCAUUACACUCCACUGGGCCCUGGAGCAUAUGUUCAAAAUGCUGCCUGCAGAGACGCUAGCCAGAAUUCAAGAAGUGCAGGUCGAUCAGGAGGUUGCGCAGAACGACAAUGGCAACUUUCUCUUCAUUAAUCUGGAGACAGGGGAACCGAGGUUUAGGAUUCCCCCGAGUAGACGGUGGCGCGUGAAUCGGGAGAAGAUGCGCAAGGCAUUGCUGCAGGGAAUUGAAGAACAUGUCAAUUGGGGGCGACGUGUAGUUGGACUGCAUGUUCCCCAAGACAAGGUGCAAUUGGUCUGCGCCGACAACACAACCGUGACGGGACGGAUGGUAGUUGGUGUAGAAGGAAGUCGAUCGAUUGUCAGGCAGAUGCUGCGACCGGAUGCAUUCGAUAACACACUUCUGCCCAUCAGGUUCACCGGAGUUGCGGUUGAUUUGACGCCGGCAGAGAUUAAGCCUUUGCGAGAGAUGGAUCCGUUAUUGUUCCAAGGAUGCCAUCCGCCGACGGGUGCUUUCUUCUGGUUUUCCAUGUUAGAAACGCCACAAGGGAACGGAACGGUGGACUCGGCGUCGGAACGCUAUCGAGCUCAGAUAUGCAUGUCGUGGCCGGUGCAUGGCCCAGCAGAUGAAGUCGCCGCGACAGAUGAGGCGCGACUGGCCAAUAUGAAACGUCGAGCAGAAGGAUUUGUCCCUUUUUUGAAAGAAGCCGUCGAUCGUAUUCCAACUGGGACCUCGGUGACGGAGAUCAAGCUUGCAGAUUGGGAAUGUCUGUCCUGGGAUAAUCAUGGGGGUCGAGUGACGCUGGCUGGAGAUGCAGCGCACGCAAUGACAAUGUAUCGCGGGGAAGCGGCGAAUCAUGGUCUUCUCGAUGCAUACCAUCUAAUGCAAGCGAUUGAAAGGCUCUACUCCGGCACCGCAACGGCUCAAGCCGCGAUCGACGACUUUGAGCAAGAGAUGAGGGCGCGAACAAGUCGUGCCGUCCGAUUAAGUCGACAGGCAUGUCUGGAUGCCCACGAUUGGAGCCGACUGGAUGAAACAUCGGCCAUCUUGACCAAGCGCGCGAUUGGAGAAUAG